GACCGGGUGCCGGCGGCGGUGCCGGGAAGUGCGUGCGCGGCGAGGCGGAGCGUCCCGGUAAGGUGCGCGUCCCCCCGGGCAGCGACCCCGGCCCCUGCAGCAGCUCUGCUUGUGGAAGGGAAUGAGGAGAGCUAGGGCAGGAACGUGUAGCCGCGGUGCGCUGGGAGAGAAAGGAUAAGCCUCCGCUGAGGGUGCUCCCGGGACACGAGGUUUGGUGUCCGACCGCUUCCCGUGUGUCCUGCGUGACCGUGGAUGUUGCUAUGAGGAAAGGAGUCAGCAAUGACUGAUGUGGAGCCUGUGGUCACAGAUUUUGCAGCAUCAGGACGGGCAGGCCGCCGGAAUGCCUUACCAGAUAUUCUGGGCUCUCCUGCUGGUGCUGGGACUUCAGACCUGCCACACAAACUGGCUGAGCUCUCUGUUUCAGAAGAUGAAGGAGCAGAGGGUGGAGAAGUGUCAUCAUCCAAAGCCUUGCUGGAAAGUCAAGAGGCAGAAGGAAAAAGCAACGAUUCCUAACACCUAAGGACUGCUGGAUUAAUGAAACCAAUUGACAGACUUUCCAGUUUCCCUGUGACACCCCUUCUGAAGUGUGGUAGCAACUUUAGCAGCACAGACGAGAUUUUGCAGCACACUUGUACCUAGGUGACAUUAAUGUGGAGCUACUGUUAUUAUACAGUCAUCCUUCAAAACAAAUGUUCUUCACAUCCUAGUGGGAAGAAAACUAAAGAACUAUGUGUUUUCUCAUAGUUAUAGUACUCAUCCUAACUAAUCUUCUUUGACAGUUUUAAUUAAUGUACCAGCAGAUGUACCACCAACUAAUAAUUGCAUCAAAAUAAAAAUCCUGUCUCUUAAUUUCCCAAAAGAGCUUCUUUCUCUCUGACACAGAGGUAUAUUCACUCUCCCCACCUUAAGGUGAUAUUAAGUAUAUAUUAGAUUUCAGAUAUUAUCUGUAAUUUAUCUCCUGAGAUUUUUGUUCUCAUUAGGCAUAUGUAGAUGAAUGUGAGAAAUAAAAAAGAUACUUUUUUUUUUCUCCCUUCCUCCUGUCUCCAAAAGAUUUGGUAAACUACUUCAACAUCAAUGUUUGCUUUCUAACUCUCUUUAAAUUUUAUUUGAUUAUGGCGUCAUCUCAGUUCUCCUGCUCUUAGCAGUCUUGACACUUCUGUCAUUCCUGGUUUUAGGCUGAAUAUUGUAGCUGUUCAUGUGUAUCUAAAAUAAAGUAGUCAUGUUUGUAAGUGAUUAAAAUUGUUUAAUCUCACUGUGGAAAUUAAAUAGCUAUCGUAUUUUCUGUCUUCUGCUGAUUCCUUGAUGUUUCUUCUGUAUGACAAGACUUAAAAUCCCACAAUACAUAUUUCUUUUAUUUCAUAUGGCUUUUGCUUUAAUGGUCUGCUGACAAUAAAGAUGUUUCAGUCACUG